CACACACCACUCGGGUUUUACCGGGGAAACACGCGCACACUGAAGCCGCAGGAUCGCGCAGUUUUUUCGGCUUGUGUUUACAUCCCUGACGCAGAGAUCAGCAGCACUGAAGCACCGCAGAGGAGCAGAGACUCACUGACAGGCGCUCGGCGGGGCGGGAUGGACUACAGUUAUGAUGCGGACCUGGAAGAGAUGUGUCCGGUGUGCGGGGAUAAAGUUUCUGGCUAUCAUUAUGGUUUAUUAACCUGCGAAAGCUGCAAGGGUUUCUUUAAAAGGACCGUACAGAAUAACAAACGGUACACAUGUGCAGAGAGUCAGGACUGUAAGAUUGAUAAAACCCAGAGGAAACGGUGUCCUUUCUGCCGCUUCCAGAAAUGUCUCAACGUCGGGAUGCGACUGGAAGCUGUCCGUGCGGAUAGGAUGCGAGGAGGCCGCAACAAAUUCGGCCCCAUGUAUAAGCGAGACCGGGCGUUAAAGCAGCAGAAGAAAGCUCUCAUCCGGGCCAGUGGCUUAAAGAUGGAAGCCACACCCCCUUUGCUGACGUCACCACAACCUGACUACACCUUCAGCACAGCUUUGUCUGUGCCAGCUCCGAAAAACACCCAUCCGAACAUCGUCACCUCUGUGGCACCCACCGAUUACGAACGCAGCCUCUACGCAUCCAGCUCCCUGAGUUUAUCCGUCCCCAUCCCGGCCCACACUCCUCUCCCAGCACAAUACCCCUAUCCAAAUCUGCCCAGCCGUGCCAUAAAGUCUGAGUAUCCUGACCACUACACAAGCUCAGAGCAUUACACCAGUGCCAGCUCCCCAGAGUCAGUGCCAGGCUACACGUAUAUCGAGCAAACACGGGUGUCCAGCAGCCCGCAGGUGGUGGCACCGGGUUUAACAGUGCCGCCUUUGGUUCUGGAGUUUGUUCGCUGUGAGCAGGAUGAGCUCCAGGUGCAAAGCAAAAUAAGCGCUCACCUGGCGCACCUGCAGCAGGAGCAGAACUCACGGAGCACGGCAGCCAAUCAGGAGCAGAGCUCCCGCCUCGCAGCCAAACCCGAGCGGCUCAGCACAUUUGGCCUCAUGUGCCACAUGGCCGACCAGACGCUCUUCUCUAUCGUGGAGUGGGCACGAAGCUGCAUCUUCUUUAAGGAGCUUAAGGUUGGAGAUCAGAUGAAGUUGCUGCAUAACUGCUGGAGUGAACUUCUAGUGCUGGACUAUGUUGCCAGACAGUUGCAUCAUGGGAAAGAGGACAGUGUGCUUCUCAUUACUGGACAGGAGGUGGAGCUUGCAUCUCUCCUGGCCCAGGCAGGGGUCACUUUAAGCGGGAUGAUCCAGAGAGGACAGGAGCUGGUGCAGCGUCUACAGGAGCUACAGCUGGACCGCAGAGAAACCGCCUGCCUCAAAUACCUCAUCCUCUUUAACCCCGAUGUGAAACUGUUGGAAAACCAGCCUUACGUGGAGAGCGUGUACGAGCAGGUGAAUGCCGCGCUGUUGGAGUACACGCUGUGCGCGUAUCCGCAAUUCCCGGACAGGUUUAGCCAGAUUCUGCUGCGCCUUCCUGAGCUCAGAGCGCUGAGUUCGCAAGCCGAAGACUACUUGUGCUACAAACACCUGAGCGGAGAGGUGCCCUGCAACAACCUCCUCAUAGAAAUGCUGCAUGCCAAGAGAACCUGCAUCUGACACUCAUCUGCGCACAUUCACACCCGAUUCCUUUGCAGAUUUGACUCUGUUAUCGACUGUAUGUUCUGGAGCCGUCAUCUCUCGCACAGAGAAAACCUCAUCAACCAUGCCACUGUGUUUCGGAAAGAAGACGAGGGGAGAUGUCAGUGUUAAUAAUGACUGUGUUUAUAAAAUAGAGUAUUGCGGCGAUGAUGUAAUUUUGUAGGCCCGUCCAGAAGUUCGCAUCACCCUCCACAUGGGCAUGUUUGAUUCCCUAUUGGAUUAUUGCAGGAAAUACGCUCUGUGGCCUCUUAAGAAAUGACUACGAAUACGAAAUUAAUAUGAAUUUUCUGAAGUUUCUAAAUAGUUAACACAGAAAUGAGAGUUCCAUAAUGUUGUUUCGAUUCCUAGAGAUCUUCAAUCAUCUUCAGAAUACAAAUUUAACAUUUAAAAAACUAUUUUUAUUUUAUUAAACAUUGUCAUAGGGGUGACGCAGUGGCGCAGUAGGUAGUGCUGUUGCCUCGCAGCAAGAAGAUCGCUGGUUCGAGCCUCGGCUGGGUCAGUUGGUGUUUCUGUAUUCGCGUGGGUUUCCUCCGGGUGCUCCAGUUUUCCCCACAGUCCAAAGACAUGAGGAACAGGUGAAUUGAGCGUAGUGUAUGAGUGCGUAUGAGUGUUAUUCAGAGAUGGGUUGUGGCUGGAAGGGCAUCCACUGUGUAAAAAUGUGCUGGAUAAGUUGUCGAUUCGCUCCGCUGUGGCGACCCCGGAUUAAUGAAAGGACUAAGCCGAAAAGAAAAUGAAUGAAUGAAUGAAUAAACAUUGUCAUACAAGUUAACGAAGGCUUUAAAUGUUCAGUUUAGCAAAAAUACCACAACAAUUAUAUGUAAACUCAAUAUAACUUAAUACUCUUC